GCCCGGGGGGGGGAGCGGCAGCGGCAGCGGCGGCGGCGGCUCCUCGCCCUCGGCCAGCGCCUCUCUCCGCGCCUCUCGUCUGUCAGCCCCAGCCGAAGGGAAAGGGGGGAAGAGGAGGGGAAAAAAAGCAGCUCCAAGAUUCAAACUCAGGUUCUCCUGACUCCAGGUCCAGUGUUACCACUAUCACCCAGCCUCUAAAAGGAGUUAACAGACAAUCUGCUUCAUCUUGAUUCUGCAGCAUUCCAGUAUAGUGGUGUCCUUGGGGCUCUUUCUUAACAUUGAUAUGGUACAGAAGAUUUAAAAUCAGCUGAUGUUCACAAGGAAUAGAGUCACGUGAUGUAUGAAGGGAAACACAUACACUUCUCUGAGGUUGACAAUAAGCCCUUGUGCUCAUAUAGCCCCAAACUGUGCAAGCAGCGGCGGCUCAACGGCUACGCUUUCUGUAUCAGACACGUUCUGGAGGACAAGACUGCCCCCUUCAAGCAAUGUGAAUAUGUGGCCAAGUAUAACAGCCAACGCUGCACCAACCCCAUCCCCAAAUCUGAGGAUCGCAGGUACUGCAACAGCCACUUGCAGGUACUUGGCUUUAUACCGAAAAAAGAGAGGAAGAAAAAGAAUGAUCCAAUAGAGGAGGUAAAGGCCAGGCACCAAAUGGAUAACAUGGCCUUCAGUCUGACGGUGCCCACAUUGGCCUUGAAGAUGCCCAAUGGACUUGAUGGAAUGUCCCUGUCGCCACCAGGGGCAAGGGUUCCUCUCCACUACUUGGAGACAGAGUUGGAAGAUCCAUUUGCUUUCAAUGAAGAAGAUGAUGACCUAAAGAAAGGGGCAACUGUGAGGAAGAAGUUGCAGAGUAAGUUGGCCCAGAAUCGGCAGCGCCAGAGAGAGACAGAGAUUUUAAAAGUCCGCCAAGAGCACUUUAGUCCCCCUCCUGCACCUUUGCAGCAGCAGCCUCUGCAGCAGCACUCCCAUCUGCCACCUUUAUCCACUUCUUUAAAACCUCCAGGGCUGCCGCAGGGUUUAGUCUGCAAGUCCCCUCCACCUCAGAACACCAGCCUACCAAUGCAGGGAGUGGCACCCACCACACACACUAUAGCACAAGCGAGGCAGUCGUCCCAGAAGAGACCUCUGCCUCUCCUGCCAUCCGGUAGGGCUCCUGCUGUGGACCCCCCCAGGACUGAUCGGGUCCUCAUGAAAGCCACAGCCUUCUCUCCACACUCAGCUUGCAUGAGUCGGCUGCAGAGACUGGUGAAACUGUGCACUCGAAGACAGCAGCUGGACACAGAUCUGUUUCCCCAUUUAGGGCUGGACUGGUCUGAAGAUAGUGGAGAAGAAUUGGAGGAAUCAGAGCAAGCCUCACCAUACCAGGUUGCAUGGUCCAUCCGAGAAACCCUCAGAUAUGAAAGACAAGAGUCAGAUGACGAUGACACAGAUAGCAGGAGCUCCAGGGUGACCCAACUUUGCACUUACUUUCAGCAGAAAUAUAAGCACCUCUGCCGCCUGGAGCGGGCAGAAUCUCAUCAAAAGAAAUGCCGGCAUACAUUUCGGAAAGCCUUGCUGCAGGCGGCCAGUAGAGAACCAGAAUGUGCUGGGCAAUUGAUACAAGAACUCCGAAAAGCUGCAUGCACUCGAACCAGCACAAACCGGGCUCAAAUGAGGGAGGUGGAACCAGCACUAUGUAGUGGAAUGGUGAAGGGGGAGCCAUGCACUAAUAAAGCCCUUCCAUUCACCAGACAUUGUUUUCAACAUAUCCUCUUGAACCGCUCUCAGCAGCUCUUCUCAAGUUGCACAGCUAAGUUUGCAGAUGGACAGCAGUGUUCUGUGCCAGUUUUUGACAUUACGCACCAGACACCUCUGUGUGAAGAACAUGCCAAAAAAAUGGAUAAUUUUUUGAGAGGAGACAGCUCCCGUAAAGUUCAGCACCAGCAGCAGAGGAAACCCAGGAAAAAAACAAAGCCACCUGCACUUACCAAAAAACAUAAGAAGAAAAGAAGGCGUGGACCACGUCGGCCGCAGAAACCCAUUCCCCCUGCAGUGCCCCAAGGAAACCUCAGCAUGCCCACCAGCGUCUCACUGCCAGUGGAAAUCUCCCACAUUCGGAGUCCUUCCACACCGGAGCUGAGUACUGACGAGCUGCCUGAUGACAUUGCCAAUGAGAUCACUGACAUUCCACAUGACUUGGAAUUAAAUCAGGAGGACUUUUCAGAUGUCCUACCACGGCUACCUGAUGACUUACAAGAUUUUGAUUUUUUUGAAGGUAAGAAUGGAGACCUCCUUCCUACGACAGAAGAGGCGGAGGAACUCGAACGGGCUUUGCAGGCUGUAACUUCCCUUGAGUGCCUGAGUACCAUUGGAGUACUUACCCAGUCAGACGGCGUGCCAGUUCAGGAGCUUUCAGAGAGAGGAAUAGGGGUGUUCUCCACAGGUACUGGAGCUUCAGGAAUACAGUCCUUGAGCCGAGAAGUGAACACAGACCUCGGGGAGCUGUUGAAUGGGCGGAUAGUGCACGAUAAUUUCUCUAGUCUAGAGCUCGAUGAGAACUUGCUCCGUUCUGCUACCUUGUCUAACCCACCUACACCCCUGGCAGGGCAGAUCCAGGGGCAAUUCUCUGCCCCCGCCAACGUCGGCCUUACUUCUGCUACUCUGAUAAGCCAGAGUGCGCUUGGGGAGAGAGCCUUCCCAGGACAGUUCCAUGGACUUCACGAUGGCAGCCAUGCCUCCCAGAGGCCCCUUCCUGCCCAGCUGCUGAGCAAGGCAGAUGACCUAAUCACCUCACGACAGCAAUAUAGCAGCGAUCAUUCACACUCCUCGCCCCACGGAAGCCAUUACGACAGCGAGCAUGUGCCGUCUCCCUACAGUGACCAUAUCACCUCCCCCCAUGCCACCACCUUCUCCGGUGAUAACAUGGCAGCUACCUUCUCAGCAGAAAUGCCCAUCAUGACACAGCACUUGCUCCCAACCCAACUCGAGGUGCCCCUCGGCGGCGUGGCGAACCCCAGAACUCACUGGGGCAACCUCCCCGUCAGCCUCGGCGACCCUUCUCCGUUCAGCAACCUUCUCAGCGCAGACGGGCAUCUCCUCUCCACUUCCCUGUCCACACCGCCUACCACCUCGAACUCAGAGACCACACAGCCUGCCUUCGCCACCGUGACCCCAAACAGCUCCAGCGUGCUUCCGGGGUUGCCCCAGACCAGCUUCAGUGGCAUGGGGCCUUCUUCUGCCGACCUGUUGGCCUCCACCUCUCCCAAGCAGCAGCUCCCUCAGUUCAGCGCGGCCUUCGGCCACCAGCUGAGCUCUCACAGUGGCAUUCCGAAGGACCUGCAGCCCAGCCACAGCUCCAUAGCCCCUCCGACAGGCUUCACAGUCACAGGUGCCAGCGCUACCAGUACCAAUAAUUCAUCUUCUCCCUUCAGCGCCCCUAACUGAGCGGCGGGGCUGGGUGUGGGCAGGCAGGUGGGGACCUCGUGUUUCUGUCUUUCGUUUCCUCUGUAGGCACCCUUCCCGCCUCCUCCUUCAGCAUUCCCAGAACGGGGGGCCGGCGGGAAGCUCCCCCGGAGUGAGCCUCGCUUCAGUGUUCACGUGUGCUCUGUCCACCGGUGCUCCUUUCCUCCUGGCGGGUUCACGUUCCCCUCACGUUUUCCUUAGCGGUUCAGCACAGUGACUGGAUGCCAUUGAUUUUUAGCAGUGAGACUGAGAAAUGAGAAGAUACCUCAGAUAACCAGUGCCCUUUACUACUUCCUAGGGUUCAGAUCAAUACUUUCCAUCCCAUUGCCAGAUUUUAUAAGAGGCGGUUCUGGAUAGAUUGCUAAUUUACCGAGUCCCAAUUGGAGAAAAUAGCUAAUGGUGUGGAGAGGUGGAUUAGGCCUCAAACGGAGCACUAGUCUGCUGAAGCCCUGUAUUGAGGCUAGAAUUCCAUUCUUAAGUAGGACAGUGCUUAAGAAGAAAAAAUUGUCUUUUGACCUCCUCUGUGUAUGUUUGUCCGUGUGUGCUUGUGUGUAUGAAUGUAUAGGCAGGAAGCAACAGUCCCAUAUUUUUCUAAUAAGGAAAAAAGGUUGUUUUUGCUUACUUUCUUCCCUUUACCCAAUUCCAACCUUACUGAACUCCGUCAUUCUUUCCUACUGUAUGUUAACUUGAAUUUGUUGAUUAGUGAGGGAAGUGACCUGGUCCUAUGAGUUGCACUUUUAUAAUCAGCAGCUUUUUCUUCUGAAGAUUAGCAGUCCAAGGGGGAAAAAAGUCAAAAGGAAAAAUACGAUUGGUAAACUGAAUGAGCGACUCAGCAGCCCUAGGAAAAACUGGCCAGAAUUAUUGUAUGGUUUCUGUGGCCUUGUGGCAGCAUUUAUCAGACUAGCAUUCACUUUUGAAUCCUUUUCAUGAAAUCUAUUUGCCAGAAGUAAUUGAGUAAUUUAUUUUGGUGCAUAAAACAGGAUAAGUCAAAUGGAUUUGGAAAAUUGGGAAUCAAUGAUUUCCUUAAGCCAUCUAUUGCUUUAGAAUUUUUCCAUUUUCUUAGUAGUGAUUUUUCAGUACUAGUUGUAAAAUACUGAAGACACUUAUGAAAUCAAUGUUCCAAUUAUAAAAUAAAUUGUAGUACCCAAAGGGUUAAAGUAAACCCAGAAAUUAGAAAUAAUUCUCAAAUUCACUUACUCCUAAUUUUAUUAAAAUAAUUUAAAUGCUUAGAUACACAUAAAUUUGGAUUUGAUAGUAUAAGUAGAAUUUGAUCUGUGUGCUGUUCUCUUUGCAAAGGAAGUUCAAAAUUGGUUUUGGGAAAUUUUUCAAAAUUAUGGGUUUAUUCAUGAUUAGUAAGUAGGAUUAAAAUACUGGGUGAUUUAAUAAUUUGAUGACUAUAAAUUCAUAUAUGUGAAUUCCCUAUUGCCUGCUUUUGGGUCUUUUUAGAUGUGUGUGAUGAAAGAGAUUUUAAAAGUAAUCUGCUUCUGGGUUUUUUUGUAGAGAGGUUUCACCAUACCAUGAGAUAUGUUAUUGGCUGUUUAUUACUGAAACUAGUCUAAUUUAUAUAUUUUUUAAAAAACAGGUAGAGCAUAUCCUUUAGUGAGGUGGGACAAUAGGUUCCUUUGAGUCAGGGAAUAUUUGAAUUUAAUUCCUUCCAAAUGAGUGAAGUUUUGGAUAUAUUUUCCUACUUCAUAUAUGUAUCUCUUUAUGCCAUGCUAGUUUUAGCCACUCCCUUCUUUUGAAAGCUUCUUUUCUUUGCUUUUUAAAGGAAUGGCAGUGAUCAGCAUGUACUAUGCUGAAACCAUGUGCCUGAGCUUAUGGAGGGGAAAUGUCAUGACUGUCUUUAAUCAUUAUAUGCCCAAUUUUUAAAACAAGUAUUUAUUGAAAUCUCUACUUCUAUGGGCCAAAAAAAAAAGUUUGUAAUGUAUUUAAUUUUUUUAAUCAUGAAAAGUUGGUUAGAUUUAUUUUUUGAAUAGCUUUGUCUUUUCUUCAGACUGAAAAAUUUCUAAAUUAUAAAUUAUGUUACAAAGCAAGAUUUCUCACCAUAAACUUAUUGUGCAGUGGUGAGAAAGAUAGAUUAUUUGACAGCUUUUUAUCAGUGAACCUUCUGUUAGUGAAUUUUCUUUAAUGUCCAUAUUGGGAUGAUUAUGGAUAGUUAACCUUGGCUCAGAAAGUAUCUUUAAUAUUCUGGACUAUUUUCCAAUUUUUACUGCAGACUUAACUAUCACUGGAUAAUUGUCAUCCAUUGCCAUAAAUUUAACCUAGUUCCCAUUGCAUAUUAAUUAAAGCUUAUUUUAAAAUAACAUGUCUUCCUCAUCACUUCUUCUUUUUGAGCAAAGGGAAAUUCAUAAUCAUUGUAAUCAUAGAUUGGAAUUUUAUCUAUCCUGGCUCUUUGUCCUGUGCUUUGGCUGCUUAAAAACUCUUCAUUUAACAACCUUUAGUAAGUUGCACAAUAUGUUGUUUGCAGUUUUCUGUUUUGUGUGCAUUGAAAAACCCUUUUCUGCUUUCUAAUUAGGAGGCAUGCAAUGAUCAGGAAUGUUGCCAGUUAUAGCUUCACACCAAAAACUUUGAGUAAAUUAGUGUUCUUGUAGUCCCCUAUGCUGAGGCUGGAGGGAGGAACACCUUUAGAAAGCACUGGUUCAGGGUGGAAGAUAGUGCGAGUACUCCUUUUCCUCUCAUCUCACCCAGCUGAAAGAUUGCAUAGUUUUUGAUUUGAUUUGCUCUUGCCAUUUGCCUGGAUUGUUCCCUUGGUUGAAAAGAGAAGUACAUUUCUAUAAUACCAAGAGGUUAGAACAAUUACCCUCUUGCCAAAGAGUCAGUGUAGCAAUUUUAAUCUCUUGGUAGAUAUAUUUAUUUAUAAGAAAACAAUGAAAUAAAGCUUUUUUUUUUCAUUCUGAAAAUCUAAAAAUGAGCUACUUCUGUGGAAUAUUUAGAGGUAAUAUUGGCAUCAAAAGCAAAUCUUGCAUUAGGAAUAUGGUCCUCUUUGGGUGGAAGAUAGCUGGUAUUUUAGACUGAGGUACACAAUGCAUAGUAGAAUAAUACCAUGAUAACUAGAAGAGUCAUUUUGUUUCUGCAGUGGUUUGGGACCAUUUGAAAGGCCAGUUAGGUACAGUUAGUGCUGAUUUCGUUUACAGAAUUGCUGCAGUUAAAGGAAAUAUCCUAUGCUGUAGGAGUCAGAAUCACCAUUUCAAUGUAUAUUAUCUUCUGCUUGCAUAUUAGGUUAUUAAUCUAAUAUAGCAUCUGAAGAAAAGUUGUGUUUUCUCUCCUUUUUUACCCCCCCACAAUGAUGAUUAUUAUUAUUUGAGUUAAAAUACUAUUUCAUUUCCUCUGUGGAAUUGGCUUAGCAUUUUGCACAUCUGGGUAAGUUAUGUAGCUAGUAUACAGUUGUUCACAAUAAUGAAUGGCGGUUACACUUAACCCACCAAGUAACAGACUAUGCAAUGGAAGGAUUUUCUAAUAUUUGUUCUGUAGGUUAUAUAGUGAAGGAUUAUUUUCUUGAAUAACCUACCACAUGUGGGAAAAUUGCUUGUAAAUAACUUUCUGAGCAAUUUCAUGUUGGCAAGCAAUGUGGCAUGCAUAUGUAUAUAUAUGUGUGUGUAUAUAUAUAUAUAUAUAUAUACAUAUAUAUGUAUAUACAUGCUCCUCCAUGAGAAAAUUAUAAUUUAUUGAAGAAAAAGGUAGUGGAUAUGGAGAUCAAGUAAGAAAUGUUGUGUGUGUUUUUUGGUUUUGUUUUGUUUCGUUUUUGGUGGUGGGAUAGCUUGUAAUUUAAGUCUAAAGAAAGCUAACAGCUUUUUUCUUCGCCCAAUAAUUCUGUAUGGAAUUUAUUUCUUCGGAAGAAAUGUUUAUGUAGUUGACUGCAUAUUUAAAAGCUCAGUGAGUCUCUAACUAGACCAUUCAGAAUGAUCAGUAUUGUUUUCUUUAAAUGACACUAAACUUUAGCUCAUUUUCAGCCUUUGAUUACAUUAAUCCAUAGAGGGAAAUUUUAUUCAUUAAAAGGUAAGAAAAUUAAAUAUGUUAUGCAUAUUGGUAUCUUUCAGUUCAGUUUCCCUCUUAAAUAAUCACUUAUAUCAAAGAAUUUAUCUUACUAGUGACCUGGACCAACCAGCUGUAUAAAUUGGAACUUUAAGCUUUGGGCAUGUCAAUAAGAAAUUUGACUUAUAGUAAUUGUAUAAUCAUAGAUUUUUCAUUAUUAGAAACUUCCCUCUAAUCCUUUCUGAGACAUUAAACAUUUAGGAGGGAAUAUCAGUGAUUACAAGAAUAAAACAAUAGCUGUUUCUACCAAAUUUGAGCAAAACGUGUAAAGUGCUCGCAAAAAGGACAGGUAGGAAGUUAUAACACUAAUUGUUCAAAAAUUUUGCAAUCAAUUUAAAUUAAUGGGUUUUUUCUUUUAACUUUUAAUGUCUAUAACCUGUUUUCUUCCUCCUGUUCCCCUCUAGGUCUUGGCCCUUCUUUUUUUAAAGGAAGUAUGCCAAAAGUUUUGAAUCUGGUAUAUAUUUAAGGCCUUAAAUGCAGUCCUUUUCUAAAUAUGGCUAACAGAGCCCUGAGGUUUUGUGGAGCAUUUCUAGAUACCUUAAAAGAAAAUCUAGUCACAUUCAACAAGUUUCAUAUGUGUCUGCCCCAUCUCCACUCAGACUACACCAAAGGUUGAGGUUUUAGGGUAGUCAGAAUGAUGCUGAUAGAUUCUUUUGUAAUCACCUCAAAAUGUAUAAGUAGUUAUGAUUAAAUGGAAAGGCUUCCCUUUAUCAACCAUUUAUAUUGAAUGUCUGAACUAUAGUAUAUUCUUCUUGGAGUAAUUUUCUCCUAUUUAAAAGAAAAAGCUAUCACAUUAAAUGUUUUCAUUCAUAUGUAUGUAGGUAUGUAUUGUGUAUACAUACAUACACAUAUGUUUGUAUACACACUAUAUAUAUAUAUGUAGAGAGAGAGAAUAGAUAUUUUAUUUCAACUUGGAAGCAAUUAUCCCUCUCUUGUCAGUCUGCAUAGAAAUAGAAUCAUUUUACCAUUUCUUCUUAAUAGGGUAACAUUUUAUAAGAUUCAAACUCAUGAUUUAAAACAUGGCCAAGAGAAAAUCCAUGUGAAAAAUAACCAUAUUAGAAAGAAACAGCUCUCAUUGGAUUUUUACUGGCAUACUAGAAGGGAGCCGAGUUUGUUCAUGUAGUUCUGUUGUUUUUCCUCCAAACAUUUACUUAGGGAAAAAACCCAGAAACACAUGGCAAUGUGGAUUCUUCUCAUUAUUGCCAGUUGCUAUGUCAGUAACUGCUAAAUAUGAAUCGACUUCAGGGACCCUUUUUCUAAACAGCAAACAUUUUCACUCUGUUUUUGGUUGUUAGCUUUCCUCACUGCUUUUAUUCUUUGUGGUAUCACCUGCUUUAGAUCUCUCAGUACCUUGGUGUUAAUGAUAAGGUGUUAUGUGUCUUGUAUUUAGUAGAAGGAACUAUAUUCUAUAUGGCAGUUUGGAGGGAAAAUAUGACAUCAUUUCCUUUUUAUCUGUCAUCUCCUAACACUGGGGGAUUUUGGCUAGUUUGUCUAAGUUGUUUUCUGAUCUUCUAGAGUUUAGUCUACAGAAAAAUCUAUAUGAGAAAAUCUUAGAAAUCUAUAUAUAAUCUAUUUAAUACAGCACAGUUCUUUUCUUUCUCUUCUGCCUCCUUGCCUCUGCCCACUUCUCAGUAAUGAAAUACAUCACAUGGUGUAUGAGCUAAACCUUAUUCUGGUCUGAGUAAUAGAAACAUCUUUCAUUUUUUUUUUUAAAGCUGGGGACCACUGAAGUAAGCUCUAUAUGCACCCAGAGUUCCCCAUGGAAAAUUUUCAACAUGCAGUGCAGAAGGCUUCAAUGCAGCUAAAUGCCACACCAUUGCUUUUACUUUGGGAGUAGACUGAUUUGCCCUGAAAUGACUCCAAUCUUCAGCAUUAAGGUACAGUUGGUUCCAAUGGAUCAAUGCUGCAAUGAUGGAAAGUUUGAUACUUGUUGAUAGUAUCUUCAUCUGCUUGGAUGGGUUGAACCAGUUCCUCUGAACAGUGAUGAUUGUUUUCACUGUACAGUUUUGAGUAUGUCUCAGGGAUUCCUUGUGGAAAUAAGGGCAAUUUAAUAAAAAAAAAAACAAACAAAAAACUAAAUAAUUUUAAAAGAAAAUAAAGGUAGAAUGUCAUCAAAGAGAGCGCAAGAAAGAGAAAACACAUUGAGUUUUGUAGUCCACAGUGUCUUGCCAAGGGACUCUUUCUUUCUCCUUGGGGCUCUCAUCUCAAUUUCAGCAUACAGAAUAUUUUUCCAUCACGCUCAGCUUUAAAAGUUUUAUUUAAAAGUUCCCUUCCCCAAUGAGCUUUCAGAAUACUUAUUGUAGAUUUUAAGAGAAAAAGGUAUAUUAAUUUAUGCUAUUAACAUCACCUCAUAAAUUAUAAGUUUUAUACUAAAGCUGUAUUGAGUGUAAUGAAUUAUGUUUCCUAUGUGUUUUAAUAGCUAUAAAAUUAUAUACAAGCUUUUUUUUUUUUUGGUGAAAAACAAACUAGUGAAGCACCUUUUUACACUGGAUCUCUGCCGUGUCAAGGUGUAUAGCUAUUCUUUGCUACCUUGCAGAUAUAUAAAAUAAAAUGGUAUCCUGCAGCCUCAAAAUGUAGAGCAUCUUUUAGCCCAUUUAUUACUGCUCAUAGAAUUCUUGAGUAUUUCAUUCUUUAGUACAUGAUCGUGGUUUACACUUAAGACGGCUAGAAGCUUAGUUACAGGGUAAAUAGAAAUACAUAGAUCAAAUAAAACUACAACUACUGUAGCUGGAAUUGUGAACUAAGUUUGUAAGACCUCUUUUUUUUUCCUAUGGAUUUAUUCUUUAAUUUACAGUUCAUUCUGUAAGUUGGGAAAUCAAAAAGAGAGAAAAUAUCAAAUCUAGAUGUUCUCAGUGUCUUAUUCAGGAACUUUUUACCCCUCCUCACUAAGGAAUUCCCACUGUGACUUAAAUUAAAAAUAGAAUUAAAUUACUUGUGUGCAUGUAUGUAUUUGUGUUUUAUACACAUGCAAAAAUAUGCAUUGGGGGAGUGUGUGUGUGUGUUUGUGUGUAUGUGAUGAAUGUAUGUAGGGUAAAAUAGAGAAAAGUAGCAACACAAGGUGAUGGAAUGUAUUGUAGAAAUAUGAUUUAUUUAGUUGAGGGGAUUGGAGUUAUUUUCUCAUUGUCACUAUUGUAUACAUACACCAAAUUCUUUAUUAUGUUAUUUUAAAAGGCUAGCUCUGAUAUCAUGUGCAUUUUAUUUUAAAUCUUUUGAUUGACUUGCAUUUGUGCUCCAUUUUAAGAAAAUGGCAUGAGAAAUACCAGGCUCUAAAACACCCCUGUGUCCCCUCUUUUUUUGUUUGUUCGUUUGUUUGUUUGGUUUUAAAAUGAGAGAGAGGAAAAUGAGGUGUAAUCUGUAUUUUAUUGUGGGGUAGUGGGACCAGAUAUCCGUUGUAAAUUUUUAAGUUAAUAGUACUUAAACUCUGACUUUGAAAAUAUUGCCCAUCAUCCUUAUUUUGAUUUGACAAAUAUUGUGGUAGGUAUUUUUUUUUUUAAGAAUGCCAUUUUCAUAGGUAACUGCUUUGUUUUCCUGAGGAGUUGGUGGGAUCAUUUCACUAUGCUUCAAAGCUAGGGAGAGUUUAAAUUAUUUUAAAUAUAUUUUUAUCUUAACUGGGCUAUCCAUUCUGAAUUUAGGAUAAUUUUAUUUUCCAUGUUUUGUCCAAGGGAAUGAUGAUGUUUUCUCUUAGACCUUUUAUCUAAGAGUUAACUUCAGAAGAGACAUUCCUACUUAUUUUGUUUUUUAAAGUCAUUGUUCUGUUAUACUUCACUGUAAUAUCCAGCAGUCUGAAGUAACUAACCAUAGAUGUUAAUUGAAUUUUCAUUCAUAUUUUUAAUAAUGAAAAUCAUGUAUUUUAAAAAUCUUUUAAAACAGUUUUUCAUAAUACACAAAUAUUUGUCAUUUGAUUCUGAAGCCACAUUUACUUAAAUCCAGUCAAAACCUAGGAAAGCUCUGUAUGUGGUUCUUCUUACAGUUGUACUUUUCCAGCAUCUCCCAAGUUCACUCUCUUUGUGGAUUUUUAAAAAAUUUGUUUCCUGCAUAUUUCCUGUACAUAAGCAUGCAAAUGAAAGAGGAGAGUUUGUACUGUGCCAUUCUCCCUUCAGUUGUUUGUAAUGGGAUUUACCAAAAUAAAUUCCCCAUUCAUCAGAGGAGGGAAAAAGAUCCUUUUAAUGUAUAUUUGUACAGAGAUGUGUAUAUCAGAUGUGGUGGCACUUUGCUGAAUGUAAACUUGCCCUUGUCAAUGGAAAGAUUAAAAAGUAUUAUGUUUAUUUAUACAUUUGUAUAAUCUAAAUCUAUAUAUACACGUAUGUAUAUGUGUGUAUAUAGAUAGAGUUAUAUACAUAUAUUUCCCCCAAAGUGUGUGUAUAAUAGAUAAAUAGCCUUUGUUAAAUAAGAUUAAUAUGUCAGCGGUGGGGUUUUAGAUGAAACUGUAAACCAGACAAAAUGACUAUCUAGGGCACAUACCAUACCUCCUAGUAUAGAAGUCCCUUGGAUUAGAAUCUUGUUUCUGUUUAUAAUCAAUUGUUGCCCUCUAAAAAUUAUUUCUCCUAUCCAUUUCCGCUGAUCCUUAAUACCAUCACCAUGAACUGUUGUUCAUUUUUAUCAUUUGAAAACAAAAUUUCACUGCUUCUCUCACCUUAGUCACUUCUAUCCUAGUCACUAGAUUUGUUUAGCCCCCUGUCUUUCAUUGAUAUCACCGCUGUUUGUUCUUUUAAAAGGCCUUUAUUUUAUUUCAGAGGUUUCCUAGAAAACUUAAAUCUCAAUAGUGCAAUAUACUGCACAGAUGUGGAAAGGUGGGUUUAAAUUCUGUCUAUCUGAACAAAAAAGUCCCACCAUUUAGGAAUUUUAUCUAGAAAAUUUUAUGAAGUUGUUGCUAAAAGAUUAAGAAUUGUAACAAUUAAAGCUUUUUAUAAGUUUUGCUAGUGUCUGUAGAGAAAACAUAUUUAUUCCUUCCUUUAUUUUCUUGUUAAUUUGGCAUCUGAAAAUUUUGGUUCACUUUAUAGUUAACUUGCCAGUUCCCUUUCUUUUUCAGUGACAGCUAAAAGCCUACUCAACCAUAUGUAAGCCUCUUAAAAAUCUCUGGCUAACCCAUACUUUAAUUUAUGUUAUAAUUGUUCUUUAAAUUCUCAUCUCUUCUAGUGAAAUCUCAUUCUUACAUGAUAAAUUCUUGGCAAUAUGGCCUUUGAUAUUCUCACAAUAGUGAUGUUGAGUUUUAACUUUGCUGCAGUUUUAUAGAAAACUUACAUCCAUUUAUAAUUGUGCCUUCUAAACUCUUAUGCACACACAAAACAAAGUGUAUAUAUACAUGUUGGAGCAUGUGUACAUAUACUAGCAUAUAUACUCACACAGUAUGUCUUUAGUAUAUAUUAUGUGAGUGAAUAUAUAGAGAUUCAGAGACAAUGAAUAAUUGUUCUCCUGAUAUAUAUACUCAUGCAUAUGUAUAUUGAUAUAUGUAUAUAAGUUGUGUGGAUAUACUGUAUAUACACAUGUACAUGUAUGAGUUUUGGUUGGCAAUCUUUUACAUUUAGCAAAAUGCUGCCCCUACUGGAAUAUUGUGCCUGCAGUGGCAGGUAUAUGUAACAAAUUGUCACAAAUGUAACAUUAUAAAAAAUUAUUUUAAAAACAUUUAAAAGUUUUAAGUCAUUGGGAAAUUAUUUACUUUUUUUUUGUUUCCUUCUUGCUUUUAUUAUUUUAUAAAUUAAAUUGCAAGGGAAGCGAUCCUAAAAGUUGUCAUCUGUUUGAAGGGAGUGAGAGAGAGCUGGAGGUGCACUUGAAGAACUGGUGUGGUUUUUCCUGUCUCUGAAACAGAGACCAGAGAACCAGUCUGGUCAUUUCAAUUACAAAGAUACCCUAAACUUUUCUUUAGUAUACUUUGCCUACUAUCCCCUAGAUCAAUAGUGGUCCACCAUUGGUUGCCUGUUUAUUUCAUUAAUAUAUAUAAUGAUAACUAAAAUUGAUUUGACUGAGGAGAGUUAAGUAUUCUCCUCCUGCUGCAGGGAGAAAAUAUCACCUCAUUGUUACCUAGCCUUGCUCAAAAUACACCUUAGAGAGUGUGGAUUUCUCAUGAAGCUGUCUGAAGCAAGCCUUUCAUUUAUUUAAUUAAAAGUAUCUUCACUAAGAAUUCUGUUAAAGGAAUUUUGAGACUGUUCAUUCGGGACAUAGGCCUAACUUUUCGUUAGACCCACAGCCUCAAGUGUUUUUCCGUGGUUUAUCAUGCUGAUUGCAAGAACAUUAAGAAAACUCUUAAUUGCCAUUUGAUUUUGUGAUUGGAUGGCAGAACGGAUUACCUCCUCCAGACAUAAUAGAGAAACAAGAUAGAUGGACAAUCGUUAAUUUCAAGUUAUUACAGCUUAACAGCGGACUUAACUAAGGGAAUACCUUAAGACUGUCCUAGAGAGGUUUGUGUUUCUGUCAUUUGAAAAGUUAGCCUAGCCACAGCCUGAUAUCAGAAGCAGCCUUAUGACAAAAAGCCUCGUGGUAGUUGUUUAGCUGCUAGAAUGCUGUAGAAUAUGAACCAGUUGCAGUGGGGAAGCUAAUAGGAGGCAGCACAUAUGGAACAGUGAAUGACAGCUUGCACACUUUCAUUUUCUUUCUUUUUUUUUUUUAAAGUAGCUGCACGGUAGCAAGGACUAGCAGUCCUUUCCCCCAGUCCCUCUUUUUCAUUGUCCCCUUUCACCUUGGCACACAAAGUUUGCUAACAUGCCAUACAUUGAAAAUGCUCACAAAAAGGAAAAACAAUAAUUGCUUAAAGGGAACAUACAAACUUCAAUUCUCCUCUGAAUUUGUAGUGGCUGAAAGCUUCAUAUGCACAAAAGCCUGAUGCCAUUUGUUUCUACAGAGACCGCUUUUAAACAAUGUGUGGGAACAAGAUGAGGAGGGAAAUGGUUUUUAGCCAACCCCCCCCCUCCGUUCUGAUCAAAAUUCACACCCAUGGCUUUUAAAGCAGGGGUGCUGGAGGACCACAUUUUAGGAGCAGGUAGGCUUCUGGUUUGUAUUUUCCCUUUAAACAGGAAGACUUGGCUCACAUUUUCCAUAUAUAUCUCAAUGAAUGUACUGUAUGACCAUUUAAAAAAAUUUGAUGAAAUAAUAAUGGAUUGGUCUCCUUUUGUUAUCUGGUCCUUGUUUAAUUUGUUUAAGGGUUUUUGUAUACAAAAGUUUACAUUUUUAUGUAUAUUUUUCUUGUGUAAAAACUGAUGUAAUAUGUGUAUAAAACACUGUAUGUAUUAUCUGUAUAUAGUGUGACAAAAUGAUUUUUCUUUCUUUCUUUUGGAUGUAUUAAUAAACCUUGCUGUGAAAUA